AUGUUGCGUGCCCCCAAGCAGAUCGAAAAGUGCCUGCAGCAGCAGCUGUUGCUAACGCUGCUGCUCCUGCUCCUGCUGCUGGGAGUCAGCCUGUGCGUCGGCGAGACGCGCUGGACAGCUCCAUCCAGACGCAGCAGCAGCGGCAGAGCCACAGCUAUGCCAGCAGUUGACCGCCAUCAGCAUGUGCACCACUGGCCACCGCUGGUUGCUCCACUGCGGGCACCGAAGCCGCAGCCCGCGACAGCCAACGACGGCCCGAUUGAGAGCUUCGAUCAGCGCGCCCUGAGCGGCGAGCACGAGUACAGAUAUCGGCUGAGCAACGGCGACACGCGCUAUGAGCGCACCUAUUGGCUGCCCAUGGGCUCGGGCCGUGCUGUGCUGGCGCGUCGGGGCUACUACUCGGUGCCGCUGCCCAAUGCCCAGUACUCGACCGUCUUCUACAGCGCCGACGAUCGGGGCUACCAUGUGGAUAUGCACACAUUAUCCGGCGAGCAGCCGCUGCUGCCGCGCAGCCUCGACGUGCCCCACGAUGUGGCGGGCGUGCAGUCAACGCCAACAGCUAAGCGAAAUUCAAUAAGCGUGCCAGAGCGUAACGAUGAGCAGCUCGAGCAGCAUCCAGAUGCUCCAGCCAUGGCCAGCAGCAGCAGCAGCAGCAGUGCCACAGUCAAAGGUCAAACAGUGGCUAAUGUCCGUCUGCCAGCAGUGAGCCAAAGUCAGAGUCAGAGUCAGAGUCGGACUGAAAACGAGGGCGUAAAUGUGAGCGCAUAA